ACAUAAUUGACAUUGUGGGGUCUAUAUAAAUUACUACUCUUGGCCGAGAAGAUCUCCAUCCUCCAUUGCCUAAACUCCGACACAAAAGGAUCGAUGGCUCUCCCUAAUGAAUUGGAAGCUCUCACCGAGGCCUUCUCUGGGCAUGGAAUCCACGAGCAGGCAUUAGUGUCGAUAUUGGGAAAAUGGCAUCCUGAAGAAAGGAAAUCCUUUCGGAAAGGAAGUCCGCACUUCUUCGUAGAGGACGAACGUAACUUCGAGCGGUGGGAUGAUCACCAUGUCAGGCUUCUUAAGCAUGAAUUCAUGCGUUUUAAGAAUGCUGUGGUGCUUUGGACAAUGCAUCCAUGGGAAAGGGAUGCUAGGUUGGCAAAGGAGGCCUUGAUCAAGAAGGGUCCGCAGUCGCAUGGCAUUCUCAUAGAGAUCGCAUGCACCAGAUCAGCUGAAGAGCUUUUGGGAGCAAGGAGGGCCUACCAUUCUCUCUUUGACCAUUCAUUAGAGGAAGAUGUUGCCCACCACAUCCAUGGCAGUGAACGUAAGCUCUUGGUUGCACUUGUUAGUGCCUAUAGGUAUGAAGGAUCAAAGGUUAAUGACGAUGCAGCAAAAUUUGAGGCUAAAACUCUUGUUAAUGCCAUAAAAGAUGCCAAUAAGAGGAAGCCCAUUGACGACGAGGAAGUAAUAAGGGUGCUGACAACAAGGAGCAAGCCCCACCUCCAAGCAAUAUAUAAGCACUACAAGGAGAUUUCUGGCAAGAACAUUGAUGAGGAUCUCGAUGCUGAUUUGCGGUUAAAAGAGACGGUGCAAUGCAUAUGCACGCCUCAAAAAUAUUUCAGCCAGGUCUUGAACACUGCACUGAAAAGGGAUGUGGAUAAGAAGACCAAAAAAGCAUUGACUCGAGUAAUAGUAACCCGAGCCGACACAGAUAUGAAGGAGAUCAAGGAGGAGUACAAUAAACUAUAUGGGGUUUCUCUGUCCAAGAAAAUUGAAGAUACAGCUAAUGGGAACUAUAAGGAUUUCUUGCUCACUUUAAUUGCAAGAGGUGGCUAAUUGGAAAUAUGGGAGUUGAUCGAAUGAUUCAUAAUAAUUGGGUUAGUGUUCCUUUUUUUAUCCGGAGAUUUUAUUAAUAAUCCUCACUUGUGGCGAGGAAUAUCAUGAUUACAUCACAACUAUAUAUCCUUCAAGAAAAUCAAAAUCUUGCGGCAUGUGUUCUUGUGCUUGUAUGAGUUUUACAUCAUAAAACCAAAUGUGGUCAGCCACUCAUAUGGAAGUUUUAUACUGUGUUUA